GCAUGCGCCGGCCGCGCUCCGGGCCCGCAUGACGGCCGAGCAGCAGGCCCCGGGCGGCGGCGGCGGCGCGGAUUGCCAGAUGCUUUUAGACCAGCUGAAAGAGAUCACAGGAAUUCAAGACUCCUCUUUCCUUCAUGCUGCUCUGAAGGCUUCUAAUGGAGACCUGAUGGAAGCAGUCACCUUCGUGACAGACGAGAAUGCCCAGGAGCCAGCUGAGGAUGCGGCUGCUGCAGAGCCGUCCUUUUGGGAAGGGAGCGCAGUGGGCUGGGAGCCCCUACAGAGUGUUACUAUUGAACGUACCUCAAUCAGCAGAGACUACCUCCGUUCAAUCGGCAGGUUCACACAACUGGAAUCACCAAAAACUCGGGCUGCAGGGAGGGAUGCUCCGGAGAGGCCACAGGAAGCACAUUCCGCUGAAAACAAAAGCGGCUCCAAAAGAAAACGCUGUGAAGUCUGGGGCCAGAACCCCAAGGACAGUGACUGGAGGAGAGUGGGCGACUGGCCUGUUGGAGUGAAAAACAUUGGAAACACGUGUUGGUUUAGUGCUGUCAUACAGUCUCUGUUUCAGGUGCCAGAAUUUCGCAGGCUGGUCCUUGGGUACUAUCCCCCAGUUUUUGAUCUUCAAAGGGCUCAUACUCACACUGAAAAAAGAAACAUUGCGUUCGUGCUAGAACUCCAGUGUCUGUUUGCCCUAAUGCUGGGGACCCGGCGCAAGUUUGUAGACCCUUCUGUAGCACUGGAACUCUUGAGGGAUCCGUUCACAUGCACUGACGAGCAGCAGCAAGAUGUGAGUGAAUUUACACACAAGCUACUGGACUGGGUGGAGGACGCAUUCCAGCUCAGUGUGACUGCCCAAAACCCAGAGGACAAAUCUGAAAACCCAAUGGUACAGCUUUUCUAUGGGAGUUUCCUGACUGAGGGUGUCCAUGAGGGCAAUAGUUUUUCCAAGACGGAAACCUUUGGUCAGUAUCCCCUUCAGGUAAAUGGUUAUCAAGACUUGAACGAGUGCUUGGAAGCAGCCAUGGUGGAGGGAGAGAUGCAGGAAGCAACCACAUCUGAGUCGGGCAACUGCAGGCAGGAGCGCUGGUUUACAAGUCUCCCCCUUGUGCUGACCUUUGAGCUCUCCCGAUUCGAGUUCAAUCAGUCACUGGGACACACCGAGAAGAUUCACAACAGGCUGGAAUUUCCUCAGACCAUUUACAUGGACAGGUACAUCUACUUCUGUAAAGACCUUGUUCAGGAGAAGAGAGAAGAGAUUAAGAGAUUGAGUGAGAAACUGGUGAUUCUGCAGGAGAAACUGGAGAGGUACCUGAAGUACGGCUCCGGCCUAGCCCGCUUACCACUGCCCGACAUGAUCCAGUAUGUGCUGGAAUUCGUUGCCACAAAGUCAGCUGUGGCUCUUCCUCCUUCUCAGGACUCCCAGACAACACCCCUGCAGUCCCAAACUGAGCCUUGUGUUUCAGGCAUGCUUUCACAACCAAACGGCACACUGGAAAGGAGGGACAGUAGGACAGAAGAUGGACCUUUCUCUUCGCUCCAGCAAGACUCAAGUGUUCCACUCCAGCCUUCUGGUGCAGCCCCAGCAAUGUCUGAGCAUCCAGCUCCUCAUGUGGUUUCCGAGGAGGAGCUGAAUCUGGUUCGGACCUGUCUGGAGCGCUGGAGAAAUGAGGUCGAGCAAGACAUUCAAGAUCUGAAGAGAUCUAUUGCCAGAAUCAACCUGGCCAUUGAGCAAAUGUACUGUGACCCCCUCCUCCAGCAGGUUCCCUAUCGCUUGCAUGCGGUCCUGGUACACGAAGGGCAAGCGAACUCUGGUCACUACUGGGCCUUCAUCUACGACCAGCAUCGGAAAAGCUGGCUCAAAUACAACGACAUCUCCGUGACAGAAUCCUCGUGGGAAGAGGUUGAGAGAGAUUCAUUCGGGGGCUUGAGGAAUGCCAGUGCCUACUGCCUGAUGUACAUCAAUGACAAGAUGUCCCCCCCUGUGGCAGAUGCCCCCGAGGGUGGACAGUUCCGGAAGGAAGUUGAAGACUUGCCCCUGGACCUGAGGCGCUUCAUCCAGGAGGACAACUGGCGCUUCGAGCAGGAGGCCCGCGACUGGGAGGAGGAGCAGUCCUGCAAGAUGUCCCAGAGGGAGCCUUCGCCCGCUUUGGACUCGCGGAACCUCUCCUCUGAAUCAGGCCCAGAUCUGCCCUCAGCCAGCGCCUGCCCCCUCUCCGCCGAGCACGCCCGCCUUGUGCAGGAGCAGACGGCCAAGGCCAUCGCCAAGAGCGCUGUCGUCUACGACAGAAGCGGCGCCGAGGCAGCGCUCUGCGAGGCCAACGAGGUAGAGCCAGUGAAGGCCCAGGCGGGAGAAACAGCCCCUACGGGUCAGGCAGAGCAACCCCAGGACGCUAACGAAGCAGAGCCUGCUGCCCACAGUAGCUCACAGGUCUCUGAGGUGGAAAUCCCCAGUGUGGGGAAGAUUCCCGUUAAAUCCGAUGCAGAUGGAUAUAAUGAGGAGGUGAUGCUGAGUCCAGCCAUGCAAGGUGUCAUCCUGGCUAUUGCAAAAGCCCGCCAGACCUUUGAUCGGGAUGGGUCUGAAGCAGGGCUCGUUAAGGCGUUCCACGAGGAGUAUUCCCGACUCUACAUGCUUUCCAAGGAGAUCCCGAGCCCUCGGAACGACACCCGGUUGCAGCAUGUGCUCAUCUACUUCCUGCAAAACCACGCUCCGCAGCAGAUAGUGGAACGGACCCUCCUGGAGCAGUUUGCAGACAGAAACCUCAGCUACGAUGAAAGGUCCAUUAACAUCAUGAAUGUAGCGCGAGCAAAGCUGAGAGAGAUCGGUCCUGAAGAUGUCAAUAUGGAGGAGUACAAGAGGUGGCACCAGGACUACAGCCUCUUCCGCAAGGUGUCCAUUUACCUGCUGACAGGGCUGGAGCUGUACCAGAAGGAGAAGUACCAGGAGUCACUCAGCUACCUGGUGUACGCCUACCAGAGCAACACCAAGCUGCUGGAGAAGGGCGUCAUGAGAGGAGUGAACGAAUCCCUGAUUGCCUUCUACAGAAGGAAUUGUCUCCUGAAGCUGAAUGAAGAGGCAGCAACUAUGUUCAUAAGCUCUGAAGAAGCUCGUGUGGCAGAGGGCAUUAGCAUCCUGAACGAGCUGAUCAUCCCCUGCAUGCACCUCAUGAGCACCUUUGAGAUCUCCAGGGAGGACAUGGAUGCCAUCGAGGUCAUGAGAAACCGUUGGUGCUCCUAUUUGGGUCGUGAAGACAUGAACGCAGACCUGCAGGUGAAGCUGGGUGAGGUCCUGCCCCGGCUCCUCGACUGCCCCAGUGGAGUUGUCGUCCUGAAGGAGCCGCCAAAGAUCCGGCCCAACUCCCCCUACGACCUCUGCAGCCGCUUUGCGGCUGUCAUGGAGUCCAUCUACGGCACCUCGAGCGUCAGGGUGAAGUAGCCCGAGG